AUGGCCGACGCAUCGGACUCUGCGCGCUACGCCAAGGCGCCGCACCUGUGGGCGCUGGGCGUGGGCGCCGUCGUGAGCGGCGACUUCUUCGGCUGGCAGUCGGGCCUCGUGGCGGGCUUCGACGGGCUGCUCAUCAUCCUGGCGCUCGUCACGGUGCUCUACGUGCUGCUGUCCUUCUCCAUCGCCGAGCUGUCCACGACGGUGCCCGCCGGUGGGGGGCCCUACGUCUUCGCGCUGCACGCCAUCGGCCCGCGCGCCGCCUUCUUCGCCGGCCUGGCCGAGAGCCUCAAGGUCGUCAUCACGUGCGCCGUCGUGGUCACGGGCAUCAGCUCGUACAUGAACCAGCUGCUGAGUCUGAGCUCCGAGUACGGUCCGAUCUGGUGGGCCGUCUUCUACGUCCUCUUCGUGUCGCUCAACAUCGUGGGCAUCGAGAUGACCUUCCGCGUGCAGGCGGUCACGACGGUCGUGUCGGUGGUGAUUCUACUCGUGUUCUACAUCGGCGCGGCGACCAAGAUCGAUUACCAGCAGUGGGUGGCGGACCGCAAUUGGCAGUUCCCUGCGGGGUGGGACGGAGCCGUGGUUGGAUAUUCGUUCGCGUUGUGGUUCUACCUGGGCAUUGAAGAGCUGCCUCUGGCUGUUGAGGCGACGAUCAACCCGGAGCGCAACAUGCCGCUGGGACUCAUGAGCUCCAUCGCCACGUUGGUUGUGCUGGCGUUUUGCACUGUCAUCUUCAACUCGAUGAUCUACCCUGGCGCCGACGAGAUCUACAGCAGCACGUCACCGCUGCUGACGGGGUAUCAGAGCGUGUUUGGGGAUAACAGCACCACGUCGGGCUUUUCGUGGAUGCUGAUCCUUGGACUUAUUGCGAGCUUCCACUCGUUCGUGUUCUGCAUGGGUCAGUUGCUGUACGCUAUUGCCCGUGACGGAUACUUGCCGCAUAUCCUGACCACGCUCCAUCCGACGCGUGGUACGAUGUAUGUGUCGUUGAUUACCGGCAGCUCCAUCGGAUUCCUUGUGGUGCUUGUGUUGCAUUUCAUUAUUGGAGACACGCGCCUGGGGUCGGUGAUGAUCAAUCUGGCGCUCAUCGGCGCCGUGAUUUCCUACUGCUUCCAGCUGACCUCGUUCAUUCGGCUACGCAUCAAGGAGCCGAACCGCGUUCGCCCGUAUCGAAGCCCCUUUGGCGUUGCUGGUGCCGUUGUCUCGUUGGCGCUGUGUGUGGCGGGGAUGGUGUCGAUUAUUUACAGCGGCGUGUCGAGUUACGAGUUCCUCGCGUCCAUUGUCGUGGCGAUCCUGUACUUUGGUAUCGGCGCUGUAUACUUCUUCAUGAGUGUGAAACCGCGUAUCGAAGCAGCGCCGACGCCGAAACUACGCGAAAACUUGCUGAGUAAUGCCUCGUCCAAGGUUUAA